AUGCCGUUGGAAGUAUGCAAUUUGGAUAAGCCGUUUAGGAGAUAUCACGUUUGUACUGAAGACUGGUCCACAGCCGGCCGAACGCACUCGGCCGGACAGGAAGGGAAUUGGCUUCGCUCGGCCUUCUCCAGGACCGAUCCGGCCGCACGACCGCACCGUCCGAGCCGGGAGGCAAUGGACCACGAUCGACCGAGAACAUCACAUCACGGCCGACCCCGACGGCCGACCACAUCCCUUGCACGGUCGACCCGAGCUCCGCGAACAAAAAGCCCACUUAUGCAGUUUCGACUAUUCUGGCCCGUUUCACCUCAACCGACUUGUGGAAGACCUAGGGCACUAUAA